ACUUGUCAUCUUUCCAGACAAGAGCUCUUCUCUAGAGCGUUCAUUCAUUCAUCCCAUUCACUCUUUGACCUUCACCUUUGCAUUACGCGAGGCUCGACGUCACCGAACAAAAUUCUCUGCGAGGACUACCUUCUACACCCAAACGGCAAAAGCCAACAUCAUUGACUCGAUCACAUUUCAUAUACCCACAUUCCAAUCCAACUUUCCACAAGCAACAUGCGUUACAUUCUCACCGCGAGCGCCUUCGCGGCAAUCGCAAACGCGCAGACUUGGUCGCUGUGCAACCCCAUGGAGAAGGACUGCGACAACAACCCUGCCAUCGCCAAGUCCUUCGAAAGCAACUUCAAGGACGGAGAGGGCGCGCUCAAGGGAUGGCAGCAGACUGCCAAGGGCGCCGAGUUCACCGAUGAGGGUAUCGUGUUCAGCGUCAAGAAGACUGGCGACGCACCUACUAUCCAGAGCGACGGAUACCUCCACUUCGGCUACGUCGAGGUCACCAUGAAGGCGGCCCGCGGCGCAGGUAUCGUUUCCUCCAUCGUCUUGGAGUCUGACGAUCUCGACGAGGUUGACUGGGAGUUCAUUGGCAGCGACGCCACCCACGCCCAGAUGAACUAUUUCGGCAAGGGCAACACAACCGUCUACGACCGCAUGAUCAUGGCCGACGUCCCUAGCAUCGAGGAAGUGCACCGAUAUGCGCUUAACUGGACAUCUGAUGCGUUGACCUGGCUUAUUGACGAUGCCCCCGUGCGCACCCUCAACUACGCUGAUGCCAACGGCGGCAAGAACUUCCCCCAGACGCCUUGCAACGUCCGCAUCGGCAUCUGGGCUGGCGGUGACUCCAAGGACAAAGGCACCCAGGACUGGGCUGGCGGCAAGGUCGAUUACUCCCAGGCUCCUUUCAACCAGGUUGUCGAGAAGGUCAAGAUCACUAACUACUCUCCCGGAAAGGAGUAUGAGUGGACCGAUAAGUCCGGCUCAUGGGAGUCGAUCAAGGUCAUCGACGGUGAGGGUGUUUCCAGCGGUGGUUCCAAAGACGAGCCCUCGACCACCGAAAAGCCCAGCGAGGAAGGCGCUGCUGCCACCAGCACUCCCUGCACCGAGGAGGCUACCAUGAGCACCCCGCCUCCAGAGGAGACUCCCUGCGACUGCGAGGUCGAGACCGUUACCGUGACUGGUCCUCCCCCGAGCACCGAGACCUCCGAUGUCCCGCAGCCUCCUCAGACAACCCCUCCCCCGCCAGAGACCAGCGACAGCCCGCCCCCACCGGAGUCGACCACUUGCACUGAUUCCACUACUGAGUCUGUGCCCCCUCCUCCCACCACCUCUGACUCACCGCCUCCACCGGAGUCGACCAGCGAAGUGCCCCCGCCGCCUUCCAGCUCUGAGGUGCCGCCUCCAUCCACCUCUGACGUGCCUCCGGAGUCCACUCCUCCACCAAGCCCGCCCACCGAGAGCACCAGCGAAGUCCCGCCGCCGCCGCCGGAGUCUACUUCCUGCACCGAGUCCACCACGGAGUCUGUUCCCACCCCUCCUGCCACCUCCGACUCGCCGCCGCCCCCAGAGACAACUGAGGAGUCCAGCACCGUCCCUCCCUCGCCUCCCCAGACCACCCCACCCACUGAGGAGAGCAGCUCUGCCCCGCCGCCGGAGUCAACUCCCUGCACCGAGUCCACCGAGACUACCCCUACUCCGCCAGCCACUUCUGACUCUCCCCCGCCGCCAGCGACCGAGACUACCCCGGCUCCCGAGACCUCAUCUUCGGUCCCGCCGCCUGAGGAGACUCCCUGCACCACCACCACCACCACCGAGGUUCCUCCCCCGCCGCCAGCCUCCUCUGACAACUGCACCACGCUCGUCAGUGUCACUGUGCCGCCCUACCCAAUCACCCCCACCGGUGGAAUCAUCGUCGACACCAGCGCGGCUCCCAGCGUCCCCUAUCCUACCAACCCCACGGGCGCUAUUCCUAGCCCGCCCAACGGCACCAGCCCUCCUAUCCAGGAGUUCCCUGGCGCGGCGUCCACUAGCACUGUGAGCUACCUGCUCGCUGUCGCAGCUGGUCUCAUGGUCUUCGCUUUGUAAGGCCUUGUGUUGGAGACGGACUCGGAGCUUCCCUUCUCAAUUGAUGAAUGUUUAAUGGUGCUGGCUUGGUGUAUAAACGUGACUAUAGACAUGGAUGGGAUAU